UGGGGGGCAAACUUAGCCCCCCUUGGCCCACCCGACAGCGUUUGGGGCCAGGGGCAGCUAAUUGGAUCGAAUCAAUUGGCGCUGGCCCGCUGGGAAUCGCCGGCGCAGCGCGAGGCACACUCUUGUGGCUGCCCCACUUGGUGCAUAAUAUGGCACUCCGCAGCCUCCUUCUCCUCGCGGUCGCGGCGCCGGCCGCGGCCUACGAGUGGUACGGGGUGGUGAAGCUGGCGCACUCGUCGGAGUACGACCUCACGAUAAGGACGCUGACCGAGACCAUGAGGUUCUACAUCGCCGAAAUCGGCGCGACGCCCGACGCGGCAGCGCUGGACACCAUCGUCGACGGCGCCGAGUCCUACAUGCAGACGUACUGUUACGGAGCGACGGCCGCGCACGGCACCGAAAUCGAGAUCGACACGACCCAGAAAUGCGUGGAGCUCACGAUGGGCACCGGCGCCACGUCGACGUACGAGCUCCACAUCGGGGCGCACGCCCACCGCCGCCGCCUCUCGGGCGACGACGUCUACGUCGCCAUCUUCGCCGGGCACGGCAUCGACGAGUGGGAGGACUCGUCGGUCCACUUCCUCAAGUGCGGCGCGUCGGCGUGCGGGGACGUCUUCCCCGGCGCCGACAUCGAGCUGGAGUGCGUCGGUGACGUCGACCACUCGGGCCACGACCACGGCCGCCGCCUCUCGGGCGACAACGAGUGCGCCGUCGACGCCACAAAGGAUAACGACGGCGAUGGCAUCGUGGACUUGGCGGCCGAGGGCGAGUGCUGCGUCAGCGUCUACGGAAGUAAAUUCGACAACGAGUACGGCUGCGGCACGACCCUGGCGGAGGUACAGGCGGGCGGCUGCUGCCCGGAAGAUUUCAUCGCGCGGUACUCGCUCCAGCUCGACCCAGCCCUGGAGGGGGACCAGACCGGUUGGGACUGCGUCUCCUUCGUCGACAAGGACGGCUGCACGGAGAAGAAUACUCAGCUGGGCAUCCCAGGGUUCUACCAAUGGAGCGCCGACGUCAUGGGCCCCGGGUACUGCCCGCACACCGUCGCGGCGCUCGACACACUCAGGAACAUCCAGGGGUGCGGCACUUGCGCCGCCGAAGAUCUCCACGACGGUCACUGCGGUGUUUUUUGGCUCGAGACUGGGCGGUGGAAAGACUGGACAGUCUUGGGAAUGGAAGAGAUAGGCUGCCAAAAAGACACCUGCUGUGCCUCGUCUUCGUCCGCGUGCUGCAAACUAAACGUCAGCCUCGUCGCCGGCCUCGCGUGCGGCGCCCUCGUCUUUAUCUUGUGCUGCGUCGCGCUGUGCUGCUUCGCGUGUGCGGGCUGCCCCGCGUACAAGGCCCGGCACAAACACGCCGCGGACUCAAAGGCCGAUGCGCCGCCGCCCCUGGUACCCAUACCCAAAGCGGAUGUGCGAGUGGAAGUCCCGUAUGGGUACGAAGGCGCGGGGGCCUUCGCGGCCGAGGAGGAAGAGGUACCCGCCGAGGCCGUCCUCGCCGCCGAGCGGCCGCCUCCGGCGCAGAGCUGGGCGCCCGAAUUGGAACAGGAACUCGAACCCGAAUGCUAACCCGUACUCGCGCUCCGAAACGCAUUUCUUCUCUUCAUUCUCUAACCUCUCUAAUAGCUA